AUGGCGUCCCUGAUCCCACUCAUCAACGACCUGAUACCCAUGAUCGUUCCCUCGUCGGUAUCCGUCACCAAAGCGACCACCCUCCGCCCUCCCAAUGCAACUCUGAAUCCCGCUUCUGCCAACGAGGCCGAUGCCGUUGUCAGCAAAAGCGAUAAGCUCUGCGCCUCCGCGCCUUUCCCGCCGCUUUUCCUAGCUGCCGCGACCUGCCUGGGACCGCCAACAUACCCGCCAUAA